AUGGAAUACCAUUUAGGACUUGGAAAAGAAUCAAGUGAUGGAAAAACAUCUGGGACACCAAAUGAUCGUUCCUCACACCAAGCCGGACAAAAUACAAAGUUAGGGUACAGGUUGAAGUUUGAUAAGCAAGAACGGCAUUUUUAUGAUUUCCAUCCGGAAGUAAUAAAGAAUUUAGACAGCCCGUUAUCAAAAUAUAGGGGGUUCCAUCAAAAGCAACGGGUUGAAAGGAAGGUCCAUCAGACUGAAGAACUUGUUAAGUACAUGUCAAAAUUACCGAGCUUUCUGGAAAGAGGAGAAAACCUCCCAGAAAGGGCUUUCAAUGUUGGGGUCCUUGAAUGGAGCAUUCUUGAGAAUUGGAAUCAUAAUCGGAAGGAGAUUACUGGAGAAAAUGAGGAGCAUGCACCUUCUAGUAGCAAUACCUCACCAAUUUCUUCAAAAAAUGAAGGGAAGUUUCAAGACUGUGAAGCUGGCUCAAUUCAUCCAUUCAAGGUGCAGCAGAGUAUGGUGAGGGCACAUAAGCCUUUUAGCCAAGACACCGAGAACAGACUAAAGGACCGACGAGGUAAAGAACUGGACCCUCAGAGAAAUUCUGAGACGAUGAAAUUGCAACAUUUGGAAAGUCAUAACAUGGCAUCAACUUCGAAAGGAAAGAUGAAGGUUCGACAUGAAGCUAUGACGGGACGAGAGGAAUUAGAAGUUCCAAGUCGUAAUGUUACUGAUCGUUAUUUCACUGAACAAAAGAAAACAGCAAUCCUCUUUCCAAAAGAUGGACCAGAAAAUAGGUUUUCUGCAAUAUCAGAUCCACCCUAUUCAUCAAACGGUGAUGAUCAAAGAUCAAUGGACAUAAAUCGACAGAGCCUUGUUGGAGAAUCUAGUACGAGUGUCUUGCCUGCAGAUGUCCCUCCCAAAGCCAAUAAGAUAGACGAGUGGUUGGACGACUCCCUCUCCGGAAAAAAGUUGUCAGAGACAAAACAGACAGUAUUCUUUCCGGGCAAUAUCUCAUUUAGUCCCUCCAGAGGCAAGAAGCUGGGAGAGGAAAAUUUGGGCCUAAUGUCUAUAAAUGUAACUAAAAAGAAAUCUUCUGAUCAGGAAUUAAACCUGAAAACGGGCAUUUCUGCUGCUGAUAAGGUUAGGAAUCCUUCACCAACUCGUCGAUUUAGCUUUGAAAUGGGCAAGUUGGGCUGCAGUCCAAAAGUGACUUCGGCAAUUCCACAUUCAGGCACCAAAGAUUUUACAGUUAAGUCCGGUUCAGAGGUAACUUGUGAUAAAUCAAAUGAUACUAGCAGAGCAAAAUCCAGUCCUUUGAGAAGGUUACUAGAUCCAUUUUUGAAACCAAAGUUGGGCAACUCCAAUCAUUUUGGUAACUCAUUGGAGAGAGAUUUGUCCACAACAAAUAGGGCUGUCAAAUCAUCCACCAGACGUGGGGAAUCUCCAGCUUCUCAUUUCCUAAAUGUAAAAUUAGAUUUAAAGGGUUGCAAAACAAUAGAUAUUGAUAACCCACAUAAUGAGAAGAAUGGAUCAACAGUUCAAGCUCUCCUACAAGUGGCUUUAAAGAAUGGCCAUCCUUUGUUCACAUUUGCAGUUGACAAUAAUAGAGACAUUUUAGCAGCGACAGUGAAAACAUUAAGUUCGAGAAAAAAUGUGAACAGAUGGAUGUAUACGUUUUUCUCUUACCUGGACAUGAAGGAAAAGAACGGACAUUCGAUUAAUCAAAGAGGUAAAGACAGAUAUCAUGGAUAUAUUCCUAAUGUUGUCGCACAAAUGAGGGUUUCUGAUGUUUUUUCCAGAGAGUUGUUCAGACAGAGUUCUAUUAUUAAAUCUAGCACUAGGGAGUUUGUUUUGUAUUCUGUGGGUACUAGAGAUGUGGAUCAUCAAACAUCGAACAUGUUGCCUAGUAAUGAACUUGCAGCUAUUAUUGUUAAAUUUCCAGGACACGUCGAUAGACAGAUAAACCGGGAUGUCCAGCUGUGUGGUAACUCUAAAGAUGAUGAAAGAAAUCAGUAUUUGGUUCCGAAUGAAGACCUUUUAACUACAACAGUAGUACUUCCUGGUGGUGAUCAUGGACUGCCUGGUAAAGGAGAACCUUCACCACUGAUUAAAAGAUGGAAAUCCGGGGGAUCAUGUGACUGUGGGGGUUGGGACAUGGGCUGUAAAAUACGAGUUCUUGCUAAUCACCAGUCGAGUGAGAAAUGCAGAUCAACUGAAAGAAGAUUCGAGCUUUUCUCUGAGGACGAAAUAACAGAGAAUAAGCCAGUCCUCAGCUUGUCACGGUUCAAGGAUGGGAUAUUCUCAGUCGAGUUUAAUUCAUCACUCAAACUUCUACAAGCGUUCUCCAUUGGAAUAGCCGUUUUUAACAGUAUGAAACCGGCCAUCUACUCAGAACCGAACAACUUGGUUGGAUGCAAGACUUCUGAAGAAACUAUAUCAUCAGAAAACAAUGUGGCAAAAAUUUCCAAGAAAGAAGUUUCUGCAAAAUAUGCCUCAUUUCCACCUCCUUCCCCAGUUGGAAGAGUAUAG